AUGAGGGUGAGUGAGGAUAAGAGGCUACGUGGCCAAUCGCUGGUGCCGGGGCAGCGGAAUGUGCAUCUGGAGCCUGGUCUCACCGUGUCAUCCCUUUUCGAUACUCAUUCCGGUCAUAAGGAGAAGGUGGUGCGGGUGUUUGACGAAAAAGGGUGUUUGACAACACGUGAGGUUGGGGUAAAGCGCUUCCAGUUUGCACGACUCUCUAUCUUUUACACGAUACGCUCAUUAACGUGGCCUGUUCUCUGUACGUACUUACUUCUGCUUUAUAUUGCCAUCCUGUUUGCGUUUGCUAUGGUUUACUUUAUCUGGGGAAACGUGUGUGGGGCGUGGGAGGACGCAAAGUGGGUAACUGCACUUUACUUUACCAUUGUGAGCUUGGCAGCGAAUGGUGGCUACUUUGGUGAGCCGACGGAUACCAUGUUGCAACCUGACCACACCUGCUUCACUGGUCGUACUGUCCUAGUGAUGCUACUGUCGUAUACAAAUAUCAUAUUUGUCGGGAUUGUGGCGGCACUUGUUGUGGGAAAGGCGGAGUACGGCGGUAGGCUUAGUCAGCGCAUUGUGUUCAGUGACUUCUGCUCCCUGACAUCUGUUCCAGGACGCCGGGACCGCUGCUGGCGACUCACCUUCCGCAUGGCGAACAGCGAUAAACAGAAACCGAUUGCCCAUGGACGACUUCGUCUGUUUAUCGUCACUGCAGAGUCACUCAAGGACCGCCGAAUGAGCCGUGGGGAGAUGAGGAGACAGAGCCUCGCAGAGUUGCCGGAGGAGCAGCGGAGCAGCAAAGGCGGAGGAAAGAGUUGGCGUCAACGACUGCCGCACGAGAUGUCAAUUGUCAGUAUGGAGCAAGAAGAAGGGGGAAUUCAGUUGUUACGUGCGAGUGCCUCCUCCUUGAUGGAAGACCUGUCGCCGGCGGAUACUUCUUUGGCAGUAACGCAGGGGCAGCUGAGCCCAAAGUCCCCACGUGGGAGGCAAAGAAGGGGGAAACGACGUCGUCACGAGGAGCAAAAACCGCCAGGGACGAAGUGUGAAUUAGCGACGGGAGGAGGGAAAGAAGGCGACGAGGAUCAUGCCGCGCAGACGAAAAAGACGUGCAUAGGGUCGGCGUCGACAUGCGGCAGCACAAUCGCUGUGGAAAUUUCCGAGCAGGGCCGUGGGAUCAGCGAUCCUUCACCCUUCGCCGAGGCAGGGAUCGAGGCUGCACAACACCAACGACACCAGGGGCGCCUGCCGCUGAAACACCCUGCGAUUCCUCAGCCCUCUAGCUCUUUUGCGGCUGCUGCUGGUGUUUUUGCUGCCGGAGGAAACCAUGAAGAUGAAGAUGGUUUUGAACGGGUAAGCAUCCACGUGGAGGAGUUGCGCUGGACGAGCAGCAAUGAACAGUACUUGGAGGCACGUCAAGGUCAACUCUCCCUGUGGUUUCCAGUGAGUAUCACGCAUUUCAUUGACCGCCGAAGCCCGCUUUUCCGCUACGUGGACCAGGAGAAGAUGGACCCAGCAAUGCUUCUGUCACAGUCACUUUCCUCUGCGUCACCCACGUUGAAGACCACCGGUGAAAAAGGAAAUACAAUAGGUUUCUUGCGCUCUUUUCAGAUUGUGGCGACGUUUGACGCGACGGAAAUGGAAAGUGGAGCCACAAUCGUGGCAAAACGCACGUACACACUAAAUGACAUUAUCACACAUUAUCGUUUCUCCAAUAAAAUGGUGCAAAUGCGACAUGGUAGCAAUGAGGUGUUGAUAGACUACCAUUACUUCAAUGAGAUGAUUCCCGUUUCAGGGAUGGAGCCCACCUACACCAGCACCUCCGAGAGUGGUACAACACUUUAA